CAAAAGAAUAAUAAGAAUCAAAUAUCAUAUUAUUAAAACUGACCCAAUAUAGCUCCUACUCCAAAUACAAAAAAAGUGAAGAAAAAACCCUAAGCCUUCUCGUCAAGCUCGACUCUACCGCUGAAGCCCCUCUUCUCUCUCUGUCUCCAAUGGCUACAAUACCAGUUAACCCGAAGCCGUUCUUGAAUAAUCUGACUGGAAAGACUGUCAUUGUGAAACUUAAAUGGGGAAUGGAGUACAAAGGUUUUCUUGUCUCGACUGAUGCCUAUAUGAACUUGCAGUUGGCAAACACUGAAGAAUAUAUUGAUGGGCAAUCCACUGGAAAUCUUGGAGAGAUUUUGAUAAGAUGCAAUAAUGUUCUUUAUCUUCGUGGGGUGCCAGAGGAUGAAGAAAUUGAAGAUGCUGAACAGGAAUGAGUUUUGCAGCAGUGAUCGUGCUUGAAAAACAGUACUUUGGUAACCAGUAUUUUUUCUCUACUUCUGCUGUUGCUUUUCUUGUUUUAACCUGGAGUGGUUAGAUUGUAUUUGUAUUGAAUGUAGAGGUGGGUAUCCUACUAUCCUUGGAUAUUAAAUCGACAUGCCCGUGCCAUUUAAAAAGGGCUGUAACUGACAAAUGGUUCUCUAACUUGAAAGAGAUUGUGGCAAGACCAUGUGAGUUGAAAUGAAACCUUUUUGGUUA